AGCAGAGUCACAUCGUCCGCCAUCACCGCACCCAUCUCAACCGCAACCACCGCACCAUGGCCAGAGGAAACUUCAAGCAGAAACGCGGCGGUGGAAGGAGGUACAGCAAGAACCUAGUACUCGAUGAGAAUGGCACCGCAGUGAGCAAAGACAGGCCGCCCCGCAACCGCCGCAACCCCGGCGCGGUCGACGAGGACGAGGAAGACUCCGAGGAGGAGUCCGAAGAGGAGGAAGAGGAGGAGAGCGAGGAGGAAGAGGAGCCCGCCGCGGGCGCGAGCGCGGGCCAGCCCGAGCUCACGCGUGCUGAGCGCCGCGACCUCAAGAAGAAGAAGGCAGCGGCACAGGCGGCUCCCGCAGAGGGUGCGGACGACGACGACGACCCGGUGCUCGCGAACCCCAACAUCGCGGUGGGCAAGCGCCUCAACAUCUCCGAUCUCAGUGCGCCGCGCGAGCUCUCGCGCCGUGAACGUGAGGAGAAAGAGAAGAAGGACGCGAAGGAGCGCUACUGGAAGCUGCACGCAGCAGGCAAGACGGACGAAGCCAAGUCAGACCUCGCCCGCCUCGCCAAGAUCCGCGCAGAUCGUGAGGCUGCUCAGGCAAAGCGCAAGGCGGAAGCUGAAGCGAAAUCCGCAGAGAUCGAGGCGAAGAGGAAAGAGCAGCAAGCGAAGGGAAAGCGCGCAUAAAUGCAUACCGGAGUCGAAGAGGCCGUCUGCCCAUGUACAAUUAGAGCAGCCAUGUACGUUGUAUUACUACAGUGCCUGUAUCGAUGCCCAAGUUCUCUGUGUGUUUU